AGUAGUAGGAGAACUUGAAGCGCGCGGUGAUCAGUUCGAAUUUAGCGUUUCGCGGCGAAACAAGUCGAAUAGUCGCGUUUCGAUUUUUUUGUGUGGUGUUCGUUUCUGAUUGUUUGCGUCGUCGACGAUGACACGCCAGUGCCAGAAAACGUGCAGGUGAAACAUUAUUAUAAGAGGAAAUAUUCUGUUAACUAUACUUCCGGUGUUCUUCGUACUUAGUGUUCUUCGAAGGUAAUCAACAAUUCACGUGGAACGACGAUUUUUGAGUAACAGGAUUCUGAUCAUUGUGAAAUAAGGAUACAGAAGAAAGAUAAUGAUCUUGGUGUAUAGCGAAAGUGGAUUUCAUGAUAGUAUGAUUGGUCCGAAGAGGACGGAUGUGUGCGAUUUUCAUCGUUAAAAUUGAACACGAAUUUCAGCGUGAAGACGCGGAUGAUUACUUAAGAAGAGGGACGGAUGUCUGUGUUAUUAGACUAAAUGUGGAACAAUCUGACUUGUGUGGACGAUUUCUUGAACCGAGCCUUUCACAAAUUAGGUCUAGUAGUUGGCCAUCAUCCCGGUUAUUUCGUCAUAGUUCCAGUUCUCCUGGCCUGCAUCUGCUUUACCGGAUAUCAGAGGAUCCAUUACGAGAUAGAUCCGGAAUACCUCUUUUCUCCGAUUAAUGGACCAAGCAAAACGGAAAGGGCGAUUGUCGAACAGUACUUUAAAGUCAAUUAUAGUCACAGAUUCAAUCUAGGUCGCAUCACUAGGCCAGGUCGAUUCGGGCAUGUGAUUAUCACAUCUAAGGAUGGAAAUGAAAAUCUAUUGAGAACAGUGGUAUUCAACGAGCUCAGAGAACUGGAUAAGACUAUAAGAAAUACGAAAGCGAUGUACGAAGGAGAAGAAUUUAAUUAUAGUCAAAUUUGUGCUAGAUGGUUAGACACAUGCUUCAACAACGAUAUUCUAGAUCUACAUCAUAUUAUAGAGUUUGUGGAGAAGAAAGAGCUCAAUCUGACGUUUCCUGUCACGCUGAAUCCUGUCACCUGGGAUUUUUACAUAUUGCCGGUCUAUUUUGGAGGAAGUGUGAUCGACAAAGAUUUAAUGAUCGAGUCUGUACCCUCUAUGCAAUUGGCCUACUUUCUCACAGCUGACAAUGCUCGUCAAGAUGCGAUAGGAGCAGCCUGGGAAGAAGCAUUCCUGGAGACAUUGAGAAAAGUGGAAGAGGAGAACAUUUUCAAACACAUUACCACUGCCAGGUUUGCGUCUAGGACUUUGGAACUAGAACUGGAAGAGAACACCAAAACCAUAGUGCCUUAUUUUUCGAGCACAUUCAUAUUGAUGGCUCUGUUCUCUGUGGUCACUUGCAUGAUGACCGAUUGGGUGCGCAGCAAACCAUGGCUGGGACUUCUUGGCAAUGUUUCCGCUGCGAUGGCAACGGUGGCAGCUUUUGGUCUUUGUAUAUACCUAGGUGUCGAUUUCAUUGGUCUCAAUUUAGCUGCACCUUUUCUCAUGAUUGGUAUUGGAAUAGAUGACACGUUUGUGAUGCUAGCUGCUUGGAGACGAACCAGUAUAAUGAAACCGGUACCUGAAAGAAUGGCUGCGACUCUUAGCGAAGCUGCUGUCUCGAUUACCAUUACUUCCUUGACUGACAUGAUAUCGUUCUUCAUUGGCAUUCUCUCACCCUUUCCCUCUGUUCAAAUUUUCUGUAUUUAUUCAGGAUUCGCCGUAGUCUUCACCUUCGUGUUUCACCUGACCUUCUUCACAGGCUGUGUAGCCAUCAGUGGCUAUUGCGAGCAAAAGAAUCUUCAUAGUGUAGUAUGUUGCAAGGUGCAACCUCUCUCCAAGUCUUCAAACAGAUCUUGGUUCUAUAGAGCAUUAUGCACCGGGGGCGUGGAUCCAGACGAUCCUUAUAAUCCUACCGACAACCCGGAACACGGAUGCAUGAGUUGGUUCCGGGAUUAUCUGGCCGCCGCGUUGAAUUGCAGACCCAUCAAAAUCAUUGUAAUUCUGAUAUUCGGCUGCUAUCUAGCCGGCGCUCUUUACGGGCUGACAACUCUUCGGGAGGGCUUGGAUCGACGCAAGCUCUCCAAGAAUGACUCUUAUUCGAUUGUUUUCUAUGACCGUCAAGAUUACUAUUUUCGAGAAUUCCCAUAUAGAAUACAGGUGGUAGUAAGCGGAGAAUAUAAUUACAGCGACCCAGUGAUUCAGGAACAGAUGGAGAAUUUAACUCGAUCCUUGGAGGCCAGCAAAUACAUCAGCAGCGCUCCUAUCUACACGGAGAGCUGGCUGAGAAAUUUUCUCAGCUACGCCAACAACAGUGCGACCGACGUAGAUAUCGAAGACGAGAAAAGUUUCAUCAAAGAAUUAAAAGACACUUGGUUGUCCCCUAAAAGUAGCUUUUCCUUGGAUGUGAAGUUCGACCCGAGCGAAGAACACAUUAUAGCCAGCAGAUUUCUCAUUCAAGCGGUGAAUGUAAGCGGGACCAAUCAGGAGAAAGACAUGGUGAAAGAGCUCCGUCAGAUUUGCGCUCAAUCUCCAUUGAACGCCAGCGUGUUCCAUCCCUACUUUGUGUUCUUCGACCAAUUCGAACUUGUUAAACCCACUAGUAUUCAAUGUAUGGUGUUUGGUGCCCUUGUCAUGAUGCUCAUCAGCUUCAUCUUUAUCCCCAAUGUAAUGUGUUGCCUCUGGGUUGCUUUUUGUAUCAUUUCAAUCGAAUUGGGAGUCGCUGGUUACAUGGCUCUGUGGGAUGUAAGCCUAGACAGCAUAUCCAUGAUUAAUCUUAUCAUGUGUAUAGGUUUCAGCGUCGAUUUCACUGCUCACAUUUGCUACGCCUAUAUGAGCUCCAAACAGAAGACACCGGAGGACAGAGUGAAAGAAAGUUUGUACAGUCUUGGCCUUCCCAUAGUACAAGGGGCCACCUCUACGAUCCUUGGAUUAAUAGCCUUGGUCCUUGCUGGAACGUACAUUUUUAUGGUAUUCUUCAAGAUGGUGUUCCUGGUGAUAUUUAUCGGAGCCAUGCACGGAAUGUUCCUACUUCCUGUCUUGUUAUCAUUAUUCGGCCCUUCAUCUUAUCACGAUGACAAAACGGACAAAACGGAUAAAACUCAACAGAGGAAGAUUUCAGAGAAGGAUCUAAAUUGCGAACUCCAACAUCCUUACGUGAUUCCACAUCCAACUUUGACUUAUUAUCAUCAUUCUUCCGAUAAGAAUUUUCAAGGCAGCCCCGCAACCAGUUUAGCUGCGUUCGACGAUAGGGAUCCUGGAUUGGGGACCAGCGAGGACAGCAAUUCCACGGAAAGUGGAUCGUCCCAAAGCAGAAGAAAGGAGGGUCAGUUGGAACAAGAAAAUCAAAGGCGGCACGAUGUCUGCAGAAAAUCCAUAGGUGUCCUCUAUGGAAUGUCUCAGUUUCAAACCGCUUCAUCACCAGCUGCACCACCUCCGGAUUAUUCUGGAACACUUCCAGAACCAGUUCCAAAUGAGCAGGAGCGACGAGCGGUUAGGACAGUAUCUUAUGUAGGACCAUAUCCGGCUCAAAGGCCCGCGAAUCAAUUACACAGAGAUCAUAGAAGAAGUAGAUCGUACCAUAAUCUUCAUUACUCGUCGAGGUACCUGAGUGAUUCGCGUUAUCCUUAAUGAUAUCUUUCAAUGAAGAGUAAUAAGUGUUAAACAGCCUUUGUACGGUUUGCGCAGAGAAGUAACAAAUUUAAAGUUUUUCUUGGAAGGAAGUCAAUAUCUUGAAUUUUCCUUUCUGCUCUUAGGAUAAUUAUUGGAGAUAUGAUUUAUAUAUAUAUUUUUUUUUUUUUUUGACUAUUGAUUCUCUUUAUGGUUGUAAAUAUAAAUUGGUGUCUGAAAGAUCAGUGAAUCAUUUGGUUUUUUCUUUUGUUGAAGAAAGGAUCUUUUCUCGUGGAGAAAAUUCCACGAGUCGUGUUCUAUUUUGGAAAGAGACUUGAGUGAGUUUGGAAGAGACUAUUUUUCAAGUGUAAGUUUUAAAAAAACUGUCGGAGGAACUAUAUCAUAAAAAGUUAGAACAUAAUAGAUAAAAUUACAUCAGCCUGUAUUUUUAAAAUCUUUUAAAUCUGUUUCUUUGUGGUUAAAUUAAAGAAAAGAAAAAAAAAAAAAAAGAGAAAGAAUGAAAAUAGAUUGUAGUCGUGGAAUUUUAAAAAUUUAGGCUGACGCGAUUAAAACUGUGAAUUUGAUACAUUUUUACUUUGAGCUGUAUGCAUGAUAAUGAAUUUUUUCUCCAUUAGUUUCGUGAAAAUUUUAGGAUAGUAGAAAUCUAACUAUAUCAGCAGGCAAGUGCAGUUAUCGCGCACAAGUUAGUCAAAGAUCGUGGAAAAUAACAAGAAUGAUUCUUCACGAUCUAUGGAUAGUGUGUAAGAAUUAAUCUGCUCAAUAGAAAUCAAAACCAAAACGCAACAGCAGGGAGAGCCAAUUUUUUAAACACAAAAUUUGAAGAAUCUGUCGUGCCUUAUUAUGAAAUAUGUUCUUGAUGAAAAAGAAGAAGAAAAUAAAAUUUUUGUGAAAUAAGAUAAUAAUUUUAAUUGCACAAAAGAGAAAUGAAAUCAAAUGGUGUCAUCAAAAAUUUUUACAAGCACACGUGAAUCAAGUUCAAUUCUCCACCAGUGUUUCUCUUCUUCGUUAUUUGAUCGUCCAUUUGUGUUAAAAUAUCGUGACACAUGGAUGUAUAGUAUGAUUGCAGGUCAAUUUGUACGCGCAAAGGAAAUAAUGUUUGCUCAUCUAUUUUGAAAAUUUUUUAACAAUAGUUUGAGAAAUUAGAAACUCGCAUAAAAGUUUCUAUUCAGAAAACAAUAGUAAAGUAAAAUGUAAAUUACAUAUAUUAAAUGUUGGAAGAAUUGCAUGCUAUUCUUUAUACAAUAGACAAGAGGAUUUCAGUCUUGGUAAAAGCUUUUAAUUGCAUAGUAUUAAAACGAAUUCGAUUAAUUGUUAAAAAAAAAAAUUGUAUGCAUAUUUAUCUAUAAUUUUUAAAUGGAUGAAAUAAACGAUGUAUCCUGAGCGUUCAGCACAAUUUUUUCUGUAUAGCACUUAUGCGUGGGUGUGGAUGAAUGAGAGGAAUGUAAUAAAUAUUAAGUAUUAUCAAACUGGCAGUUGCCAUUGAAAAAUUCUUGUAAACGAAA